AUGGAGGAGUUAAAAAUUUAUUGUCAAAGAGUUAUUUAAAUUAGCUCCGAUACAGUCAACUCAGAAUUAGAAAUCCUCAAAAAAAAAGAAUCGAAUUUGGUUUAGGAUUACGAUAUAGGGAAUGUAGAUGAAUUAGAUGAAUAAGUAAGUCAAAAUGAAGUCAACUAAUUGAUCAUACAUUUUCGAAACUACAAAUUGCAUAAUUAUUUAUAUAAAAUUAGGCUGGUUACUAAGAUUCUUUAGCAUUCUGAGAAGAUUUUUUAGAGAAUUUAAAAUCCAUAAAGCUAGUUAGAAUCUUACUUUGGAGACUUAAUAGCAACAUUAGAAUACAUUUAAUAAAAAUAGAUUAAUUAUUAAUGUUUAAAAGAGUUAAAGCAAUAAAUCGAUAAUCUCUUAAAUUAAUAAAUUUUAUAGACCAGAUAUUAGGUAAGCUUAAUAGUCCUUGAUAUAUUUAAUUUGAAAAUUCUUCGAGACAUUUAUCUAACCGAAUUUUAUUAAAAAUACGGUAUUGAAAUUCAAAAUUAUUAUAAAACUCAUCGGAAAUUAUCAUUUGAUUUUUAGGAUGAAAAUAACUCUAGGUAAAUAGAAGAAUCUAAUCUAUUCUAAGAAACCGAAAUUAAAAAACAACCAAAAAAGACUAAGUCAAACAUUUAAAUCAUUACCUCUCCUGAUACUGGGAUAAAUUCUGAAUAACAUCCAAUAUCAGUGAAAAAUUCUAAGAAUGCACAGAGCAAAAGUGAUAUAAGGAUAAAUUCAAUGUAAAUACCUUCACCAUAAAUAAAUGGAUAAAAAAGCCCCUUCUCAAAUAUAAAAAAAUCAUAUUUUUCUUCUUAACUGAAAAUAGAGAAUCAAUAAAACAAUUAUAGCAUAGUUGAAUAAAUAAUAUAGAAAAAGAAAAAUGGAGGCUCAGAUAGAUUUAAAAAAGAUGAGUCUAAUGAAAUGUUUGAUGAAUAAUCAUUAUUUAUAUUAAGAAGCUAUAUAGAUAGUAAAUUUACCUCAAAUAGAAUUAAUAGAACGAAUGAUUUAGCAAAAAUGAUAAAUGAUCAAUAAAUUAAAUGA